UUGUGACUCCACCCACCACAAUCCCGCACGACGGCACGAGCAGCGAGGGCGAAGCCGCCGCCGCCGCCGCCGCCACCCCCAACCCCCCUCGCCGGCGAUGUGGCCACUGGAGGACGACGAUCUGCUCCCCGAGAUCCUCGUCCGCCUGCCCCCGCAGCCCUCCUCUCUGCCCCGCGCCUCCGCCGUAUGCAAGCGCUGGCGCCUCCUCGUCUCCGACCCAGGAUUCUCCCGCCGCUUCCGGAUCCACCACCGCCGCAGCCCUCCCCUCCUCGGUUUCUUCCGCAGGAAUGACGGCCUGCCCUUCGUACCCACUCUCGACGCCCCGGAUCGUGUCUCCCCCGGUCGUUUCUCCUUGCAGCGCGGCGACGGCGACCGGUUCAUGCCCCUCGGAUGCCGCCAUGGCCUGGUACUCAUCUCCAACAAACCUAAGAACCAGAUCCUGGUGUGUGACCCCGUCACCGGCGACCAGCACCGCCUUGUCGUGCCCCCGGGGGUUGCAGUACAUGCAGAGAAGACAUCGAUCAAUGGGGCGGUGCUUCGUGCUCGUGCUGCCGGAGACGAGGCCCAGCACUUCCAAGUGGUGUUGACAGUGGCAGACAACGACCACGAGCAACACCAUCGAGCUCUUGCCUGCGUUUACUCGUCAGAGACCGGCGCAUGGGGUGAUCUUGUCUCAACGCAGCUUCCACCUGAUGUUCUAAUGAGUGAUGCUCCCACCUUGGUUUCUACUGACAAGCCUGCUGUGCUGGUUGGGGAUUCCCUUUACUGGAAGCUUGCUGGGAAUAUGGAUGGAAUUCUCGAGUUCGAUUUGGAGAAGCAAAGCCUAGCUGUGAUACGGGUGCCGGUGCAUAUCCUUGAAGAGGGCCAGUACAUGUUCUUGAUUAUGCGGGCAGAGGGUGGAGGCCUUGGUUUACUCAUCCAGACAGACUGCAGCAUCCAACUGUGGAAGAUGAAGACUGAUUGUGAUGGUGUUGCUUCAUGGGGGCUUGGAAGAACCAUUGAACUGGACAAGCUACUUUCUCUGAAAUCUCAGGAGACUAACAUGUUGAUACCAGGGCUCGAGGAGGAAAAUAAUGUGGUAUUCGUGUGGGCAGAUCACAUCGUCUUUACGGUCCAUCUUGAGUCAAUGAAGUUCAAGAAGCUUUCUGGAACCUACCCCCUUUCUCAUUAUCAUCCAUUCAGAAGUGUCUACGCUGCAGCUCUGUACACGUAUGGAUUGCAAUACAAAUCUCCGAAAGUGAAAAGAUCAGUUCCUUGCUGUGGGCGUUCCCUUUGCUCAGCCAUGCUAAAAUUGACGCUGAUUGUGAUGGGGCGAUCCGUCAAGCUUCCCUUUCUUUCAAGGGGCUGGGGUUUUGUUGCGAGGAAUGAUCGGGCCUUACCGCGGCAUCGGGGCGCUUUCUUUGUGAUGACGUCGGGUCAUCUUCAGGGAGUCAGCUCCGCACUACAUGCUGAAGCUUUGGCGCUGCUUCAACAAGCUAAAGCAAGCACAUGGCAAUUACAUAAUUGCCGUGUGUUGCAUAUGACAAUGUAAAAAGAAAAUGUAUGUGCUAGGCGCUCUGUUAGGGGAUGGCAACCAGAUUGUGUGGGCUGGCCAUCUACCUCAGUUUGUACUGAAUCUGUGUGCUGCCGACUUGUCCAACGUUUCAGUUUAAUGGAGUGCAUCGGCAGUGUUACUUUCUGA